UGUCCUCACUCACUGGGAUGUGUAAGCGCAACAGUGUGCACCUUCACAGGAAUGGCGGGCCUGUGUCGUACGAUCUUCUCGGAGAUAUCCCCUGACAGGAGUGGUGGGCCUGUUUAGUAUUAUUCUCCUUCGGAGAUAUCCCCUGACAGGAGUGGUGGGCCUGUUUAGUAUUAUUCUCUUCGGAGAUAUCCUCUGAUAGGAGUGGUGGGCCUGUUUAGUAUCAUUCUCCUCCGGAGAUAUCCCCUGACAGGAGUGGUGGGCUUGUUGAGUAUCAAUCUCUCCGGAGAUAUCUUCUUUAUAGCCAUGGGCUCCAUGUCAUAUCACCUGUGCCCUGGACCGUUCCCAGAUGAACAGGUUUGUUUGUUCUUGGGACCCUGUUCUGAGAUACUUCAGCUAUGGGCAGCUAUCUCUACGCAGUGCUGGGGACUAGUACUUGCCAGAGUAUAUUUACUUGUUAUGAUGCAAGGAAGCCAAGAUCUGCUCGCGCCAUGCUGUCGGUUCUUUCCAGCAUUGGUGUAACAUCGUGCAUCACAGGCGGAAUAGAGGCCCGUAUGGAACAGAGGUCUGUAUCUGUCAAUGCCUGCUGCCAGUCAUGUACAAUAGUUAGCUUAGAUUUUGUGGUAUAAUGUAUA